CCAAGAUUUUCAAUUUGUUAGUUCCACAUAGCGCGUACUAGAAAGAGUCAGGGAAAUCUUAAUAGGCAACUUGCCGAAUAGAUUCACUUCGUCAGUUGAGUUCCACAGCGUUAUACUUCAAAAGUAGGAUUGGGAAAGAUGUCGCGUUUUGUGAAGGUGUGCGCAGUUGCAGCCGUCUCUGUGGAGGGGAUCAUGAUCAACCACAAGCAUAAGCCGCAUUCUCCGGGAAGUGAGGCGCAUAUCCAAGAGGAGUUGGAGCGUUUUUUAUGCGUUAGAACUAGAAGUUUAGCCCCCCAUUUCUAGUUAUUAUAGAGUGAUGAAGUGCCGCAGGCACUGUCACAAUAGCUGCUGGAGAGAACCUCGUCAGCGAACUCCAGCGCCUUCUGUGGCGGCGCAUAUCCGCCUGGGGAUACAGGCUUACCCCGUGGAAAUUAAUGCAUGAAUUAUUCCUGCCCUAUCCAAUCCAAUUCUUCUUCUAAUCAGAAAGGACAUCGUGGGGGUGUUUAAGGACCAGAAGUGCAAAGAGGACGUGCGCAACAUUAAGGAGGCUUGUCCGGGCGUUGAAGAGGAAAAGCUGAAAUUACGGCUCAAUGCAAAAAUUCACGUCAUUUCAUUCUCACUUUUUUUAGACGAUGGUCGUGAGAAAAUGGAAGCAAGAAGUAGUAGUAGACAGGUACAACACGAUGGCGUAGUUCUUCUUAGGAUUGGAAAAUAAUGUAGUAGAUACACAGACAGCACAGUUUCGACUCCCUUGUUUCCUUCUUCGUUGGAUUCAUUGAAAUUUUCGCUUGUUUGAGCUUAUCUUCUAAUGAAGGAGAAGAUCGAAAGGAAGAAAUUCAAGAAGGCGAUGGGAAAGUUGGUGAGAAAGAUUGAAGCGGAGAAAAAGGGCGACUACACUGAAUAUCUCCAGAUUUAAGGGUAGUUUAUCACUAUCCCAUGUGGACUAUGCUGAGUGGGGUCCUUUUCGAUUUCUAUAGGGGAAAGUAAGGGACAAAGAGGGUAACCCACUCGACUCGGGAUAGUGAAAAGCUAUCUUUAACAGAUGUGGAAGAAGGAGCUGCUUGCCUUAACGGAGAAAGAGUGCUGUCCGAAAGAUGAAUCAUGCUGCGGACGGUAAGUAUUUGAAGUCCAGAUACGUAUUUGAAGACCAGCACAAAGAAAAAAGGUGUGGCUGGUGCAUUGCGGUUGUACGGGUCAUCCGGGCCUUGGUUUAGAACUGAAUAUUUCGAUCAUGAGGGAAAGCAAGAAGCGAAUCCUUGCGAUCGAACUCAGGCUACUGGAUACCAGCACCAUACAGCCGCAUGCGUUGAUAUCAAGGCGUUAAUAGAAUCAAUGAUAAGAAUUUCCGGAGCUGCUGAGAUGUGUACGUGCAGUUAUUGAACCUGAUUCGUGAUGUAAAAGUAUUAAAUGUAUGAUUCACGACAUGAAGCGAUAUAAUUGAAGAACUUAAUAUACUAUAGAUUGAAGAAAUCGAAAUACGAUUGAAAACGCAAUAUAAUCAAAAUUAAUGAAGCUUAGCAUCAAAACAGAAAGCAAAAAUAUGAUCAUUGCUGUACUACCUGUAACAAACAACUACUCAACGUCAACAUCUUCAUUUUGUUCUUUAUUCUUGUGCAUAGUUGCUAGCUGAGCACAUGAAGAUGAAAAGAUAAGGAAUAAGGGCCGAUAGAGAUGAUGUUAGCUAGAGCUCCUUCUAUGUAAAAAUGAUUCCGCAUUACAUGAGGCUUCAAAGCAGAACAAGAUGCUCUUCGUAGAAUCCUUUGCGCCAAUUGAUUUGUUGAGUAGG